AUGAUGGAGAGGAUGAGGAAGGAGAUGAUACUGAUGGAGAGGGGUCUGCACAGUCCGGUGGCCGCCAAGAGGCUCGCGGACUCGGCCGGGAAUUCCGUGCUGGAGGCCCUGGAGAACUCACAGCACGCCGGGCGGCUCAGCCCGAGGAUAACGUCGGCGUCCCUGCACGGGAGUCUUGGUGACAUGCCGACGAAGGGCAAGUUUGAAAUCGACAGCCUGUUCGGCUCGCAUCACGGCAACGACAGCAGCCCCUCGGCGGACAUUUCCUCAUCGGAGAGCCGGAAGAAAAUUAGCCUUUACUCGGAAGUUUCCCAGGAAUCUGACAUCAACAGCGACGUGGAGGUGGGAUGCCCCACGCAUCGCUCGCCCAGCCAGCACAAAGAAAACAAAGGGUUUUCAGACAGUAAUUCUGCAUCGUCCAACACAAGUUCAAGCUCCAUGUCCGGUAUGAACGGAAACUCCACGGGGGGGUCGAACAACAACAACAACAACAAUAAUAAUAAUAACAACAACAACGCCGAUCAAGUCCGGAGGUACCGCACAGCUUUCACCAGAGAGCAGAUCGGGAGGCUGGAGAAGGAGUUUUACCGGGAAAAUUACGUGUCGAGGCCGAGAAGAUGUGAACUGGCUGCGGCUCUCAAUCUGCCUGAAACCACCAUUAAGGUGUGGUUCCAGAACCGGCGCAUGAAGGACAAGCGGCAGCGGCUGGCCAUGUCCUGGCCUCACCCCGCAGACCCCAGCUUCUACACCUACAUGAUGACACACGCCGCCGCCACCGGGAGCCUCCCGUACCCCUUCCACUCGCACAUGCCGCUGCACUACUACCCGCACGUCGGCGUCACGGCGGCUGCGGCGGCGGCGGCCGCUACCGGCGCCGCGUCGUCGCCCUUCGCCACCUCCAUCCGGCCCCUCGACACCUUCCGCGCCCUCUCCCACCCGUACUCGCGGCCGGAGCUGCUGUGCAGCUUCCGCCACCCGGGACUCUACCAGUCGCCAGCGGGCCUGAACAGCUCGGCGGCGGCGGCGGCCGCGGCUGCGGCGGCUGCGGCGGCGGUGAGCACUCCGUCCGCCGGCGGGCCUUGCUCGUGUCUCAGCUGCCACAGCAGCCAGGCGGCGGGCGCGUUGGGCUCCAGGGCCGUCGGCGCCGACUUCACCUGCACGGCUUCGGGACAGCGGGCCGAGAGUGGAUUUUUGCCCUAUUCGGCCGCGGUUCUCAGCAAGACCUCCGUGCCGUCACCGGACCCGCGAGAGGAGACGUCACUUAACAGAUAA